AUGCCUAGACCAGCUUCGAUCAUCGAAUUUCCCGAUCGUAGUUAUCGGCCGGAUCGCCAAAACGGCCGGCACACGCCUGAAUCCGACUCUUCGCCUGUGUAUCGCCGUCGCAGCCCUUCCUACAACAGGUACGACGAGCGCCAUAGGGAGACGGAUCGAGGACGCAGCCGCCGCUCGAUAUCUCCCGCUCAUCGAAGCCCUAGGAGAAGCCCUAGUCCCAGAAGAAGGAGAAGCCCGAGCCCUUGGGCUAAAGAAAACCUAGAUUCUCUCCCGAAGAAGUUUGGCCGCAGCGAUGGUGGUGGCUACCGGAACGGAAGGGAUGUGGAAUCUGAGUCCGACGAGGAAUUGAAGGAUUUGACCUUUGAGGAGAAGAGGAGGCUAAAGAGGCAGAAGCUUAGGAAGUCGCUGAGUUACUGUAUUUGGGAGGUUACCCCGAGCCCGCCGAGGGACGAGAACGAGACGGAUGAGGAAGAGAUGGAACGGAGGGGAGAUGGUAGCUCGGACAAGCGCGGCAUGGUGGAAAGCAAGAACGAUUCCAGUGGGAAAGAGAAAUUGGGAGAUGGGAAAGGCAAAUCGGAGACUGAGUCGGGGGAUUCUGGAAGUAGCGCGUCUGAAUCCGACUCUGACAAUUCCCGGUUGAGAAAGAAGAAGAAGAGCUUGAAAUCCAAGCGCAGAAGAGGUAAGGAAUCCGAUAUCUCGCCUGGGAGUGAAUCGGAAGAUUUAAAGUCGAGGAGGAAGAAACGCAGUUCGAGUUCUAAGCGUAGGAGAACUAAGUCACCUAUGGAUAGCGACAGUGAAUCCGACGAGGAUGUGAGUGAGAGUGCAAGCGAUUCUGAAGAGGAGAAGCGGCGACGCCGGAGAAAGAAGUCAUCCAAGAAGAGCAAGAGCAGCAGAAAGAGCCGUAGAAGCAGAAGAAGUCUGAGGAAGAGUAAGCAUUCUGAUUCUGAUGAUAACGAGAGUAAUGAUUCCGAUGAGAGCAAUGAGAAGUCCAAGUCGAAGAAGCGGAAACACAGAUCACGUCCCGGUGCUAAACUCUCCAAGAAGAGGAGAACAUCGGAAUCCGAGGCUGAAAUUGCGGAUUCUGAUGUGAAUUUGGAUUCUGAAAUUGAUACGAAGAGCAAACCAAUAGUUGCAGAUGAAGAUGCUAUAACAGCUGAAUUGAAUGCUGAAGCUCUGAUGUUCAAAGAACUGAUCGAGGCCCAAAAGAAACCUGCUUUGGACGGUGAACCUGCAGUUGGCCCAAUGCCUUUGCCUAGAGCUGAGGGGCACAUUAGCUAUGGUGGUGCUUUGAGACCUGGUGAAGGUGAUGCGAUUGCGCAGUAUGUGCAGCAAGGGAAGCGUAUCCCAAGAAGAGGUGAGGUGGGUCUCUCUGCUGAUGAGAUUCAAAAGUUUGAGGGUCUAGGGUAUGUGAUGAGUGGUAGCAGGCACCAGAGGAUGAAUGCAAUUCGUAUUAGGAAAGAAAACCAGGUUUACAGUGCUGAAGACAAGCGUGCUUUGGCUAUGUUUAACUAUGAAGAGAAAGCGAAACGUGAGCACAAGGUUAUGGCUGAUUUGCAGCGUUUGGUCCAGCGCCAUAUUGGACAGGAUGUCGGUCCGACCCACGAUCCAUUUGGUGCAGAAGGAUCUGAUGAAGAUGCUUGA